GGAGUUGUAGUUCAUGAGGCUUGGCUGGGGGUGCCAGGAAGGACUGGUGGUUGGGGGACCCGAGCAGCGGUUGCGCCUGGUCGCGCUUGGGGGCAUCAUGUCCCGUGUGUCGGUGCCCUGCCAUGUGAAAGGCACUGUGGCUCUGCAGGUGGGCGACGUGCGGACCUCCCAUGGCCGGCCUGGCGUGCUGGUCAUCGAUGUCACCUUCCCCAGCGUCGCGCCCUUCGAGUUACAGGAGAUCACAUUUAAGAAUUACUACACAGCCUUUUUGAGCAUCCGCGUCCGUCAGCAUACCUCGAUGCAUACACCGGCCAAGUGGGUGACUUGUCUGCGAGACCAUUGUCUGAUGCCCAACCCACACAGUGAGGAGGGAGCCCAGGACUAUGUAUCACUGUUCAAACACCAGAUGCUGUGUGACAUGGCCAGAGUACUGGAGCUACGCCUGAUUCUUCGGCAGCCAUCACCACUGUGGUUGUCUUUCACAGUGGAGGAGCUGCAGAUUUAUCAGCAGGGACCAAAGAGCCCCUCCAUGACCUUCCCCAAGUGGCUCUCCCACCCAGUCCCCUGUGAGCAACCUGUCCCCCUACUUGAGGGUCUCCCAGACCCCAGCAGGGUAUCCUCCGAGGUGCAGCAGAUGUGGGCGCUGACAGAGAUGAUCCGGGCCAGUCACACCUCCGCAAGGAUCGGCCGCUUUGAUGUGGAUGGCUGUUAUGACCUGAACUUGCUCUCCUACACUUGAAUGGUUCUCCUAGCCAAGAUAAUGGCCUUUCUGUGCCCACCCAGGCUUGUUUUGGGCCACCAGAGACCAAAGUGUGUUCCCUGUGCAUUCUGAGUGUUGCCUGCAUGCCUGUACUGUCUGAGCCAUGUUCACAGAUUCAAGAUUCUUGGGGGCUUACUGUAUUGCUUCAGCAUGAACUCCUGGGAGGGAUGCACUCUGUCUUCACCUGGCUGCAACCUAGUUCUUCCUUCUUCUACCCUAACACUCCAGUUCUACUUACUAAGAAUCCUCAAGGACUCUCUGCCCCUCCUGCCAACAUUCACACUCCUGUCUUCUGCCUGCUCCUUCAUCCUAAAUGCAGUUAGGCUGAAAAGACCUAUUAAAACCUGCUCCAUCUAACCUGGAAGCCCAUUGCUGCCUUCCCAAUCUUGUAGAUUGGGAAGCUUUAGGAAGAAAUAGAAGCCCCAUUUCUUCCUUUGUGCCCCCUAGUGGCCUUCUUUCCCUUUGUGUUAUGCCCACAAAAAGAAAUUUCCUGUCUAAACUCUUCUGCCUGCCUAGGAAACAAAAUUGAGGAUUUGGGUAGCUGGAGUCCCUUGGUCCCUGAGCUGGCUCCUGGAUAUAUGUUCAAAUGCUUGUGUCCACUGGGCUUGAGCAAGUGCCUCUGGCAAGGUGGGGGCUUGAGAAUGAGACCUGGGACCUGUCUGCCAAGUGACACAGCCCAAAUCAUAUCCCUGUCCCUUCUCCCAAGUGUCCCUUUCCAAGAGUCAUGCUCAGCAUGAUGAAAGAUCAACCUUGGUGGGGAUAGGUCCAAGUGAGGGUUCUCACUGGUGCGUUUUAAGAGACUGAGGUCUUCCAUUACCACAGGCCAACUGUUGAAUGAUACAGGCUGCUCUUCAUGAGAAAAUCCUGCUUCCCACUGGUUCUUCCUUGUACUGUGCCUGGGGCUUAUUAUGAAACAGUACUGCAAUGUGUUUUGGACCUGGACAAUUGGACACGUGUGUGGCUCAACAGUUUUUUGGAGGAAGUUCAGCCACAUUUUGGUGGCCACCUUCUGUUCUCACCCAAGUUCUUGUAGGUGGUGUCUUUACCUGCAGGAUCAUUUACUUAGCCCCACUCAGCAUCUUCUGAAAGGGUGAUAACCAUAGUCCUAUGUUCAGGGAGCAAGGAUCCUCAGUGUGUUUGUGAGUGAAGAGGACCCUGGGGUAGCAGGGAUCAUGCUUCAGUCCUGGCUGUGUCCCCAGCACAGGGGCUAGUAUGCACCAAGAUCAAUAAAUACUUGUGAAAUGCA